AUGGAAAAACAUAAUCAAGCUUGGCAUUCUGAGGAUACCUCAGGUGGAGUCGCAUACGGUUCUCCUUCCUUGACCAACUUGAUCAAGGAGAAUCAAGAGAGGGACCAAAUAAUUGCAGGGCUGGCCACAAAUGUAAAUGCGUUGACGAAAAUGCUUACGGAAAGUCAAACAAAAAAGGUGAAUGUAGUGGAGGAUGUGCAACCCAUCUCCAAUGAAGAAUUUGAAGAAGCAAACUAUAUCAACAACCCUCAAGGAGGUUAUCAAAGACAACAUUACCAAGGUCAGGGGCAGCAAAAAAGUCAAUGGAGGCCUAACCCGCAAGGGCAAGGCAACCAACAAUGGCGACAUGACCAAGGUGGCUCAAACCAAGGGAAUUGGAACAACAUCAACAACUUUUCUAACCGGAGUUCAAACCCCUAUAUUCCUCCAAAGGGUCAAUAUUCAAGCCAAGGGUCUUCUAGUGAAUCUAAGUUGGAAGCUAUGCUUGAGCGAGUGUUGCAAAAUCAAGAAAAAUUUGAUACUUCAAUUAGGAACAUGACCGAGGUUGUUGGCUCUCAUGCCGCCUCCAUCCAAAAAUUGGAGAUGCAAAUGAGAGACCUCUCCAAAGAGCAAAAUCCAAAACAAAAGGGAACACUCCCUAGUCACACGGUUGCAAAUCCCAGAGGUAGUGGGAGUGGCCCAACUUCUCACAUCAUGGCGAUCAGUACUAGGAGCGGGAAAGUGCUACACAGAGAGGGUGAACAAACGGUUGAAGCAGAAGAGUCCGAACAAAGGGUUGAGGUUGAAGAGCCAAGUGUUGUCGAGGUUGAAAAGAUUCCGGAGGAGUUGAAAGUGCAAAAAGAGAACCGGGAAGAGGUGAAGGAAAAGAGGCUCGCGAGGAAGAUUGAUGAUAGCAAACUUGAAACAUUUUACGACAUUCUCAAGCAAUUAACAGUGAAUAUCCCAUUUGUGGAAGCUUUUCAAGAGAUGCCGGGGUUUGCAAAAUAUUUAAAGGAUUUGAUCACCAAAAAGAAAACCACAAAGAAUGAGGUAGUAAACAUGACUCACCGGGUUAGCUCUAUUAUUGCCACAUCCAAAGUCCAAAAGAAAGAAGACCCGGGAGCUUUUACCAUUCCUUGUACCAUCGGGGCCCGUGACUUUGCAAGAGCCCUAUGUGAUAAUGGGGAUAGCAUCAACUUAAUGCCUCUUGCCAUCUAUAAGCAAGCCGGGUUAGGUAUGCCAAGGCCCACUAGUAUGAGAUUGCAAAUGGCCGAUCGGUCAAUCAAACGCCCGGUGGGAAUUGUUGACGAUGUACUUGUAAAAGUGGGGAAGUUUCAUUUGCCCACCGAUUUUGUAAUUCUUGAUUGUGCGGUUGAUAAAGAAAUCCCUAUCAUUUUGGGGAGAUCAUUCCUAGCCACGGGAAGGGCACUCAUGGAUUCGGAGCGGAACGAAAUUAAAUUCCGGGUAAAUGAUGAAGAAGUCACAUUUCAAGCGAGCAAGGGUAUGAAACUACCCCAUGAGUAUGAGAGCAUUUCAGUGAUAGAUGUUGUUGAUGAGGUAGAAGGUGCCGUCGAAAUGAAAAUGGAAGAACAAUGCCUUGGUGAGGCAUUAGCGGCUAUUUUGGUAAACUUUGAUGGUGAAGACAUGGAUGGGUAUAUGGAGUCGGUAAAUGCAUUGGAGGGUCAUGGAUCCUACACUUAUACUCCGGCAAAGCUUUCGCUUGACUUGGAGAAUAGGGCCACACCUCCCGCAAAGCCAUCAAUCAUUGAGCCACCACAACUAGAGCUCAAGCCACUUCCCCCGCACCUAAGGUAUAAAUUUCUUGGCUCUAAUGAUACUUUACUUGUAAUCGUUUCGUCUUUGUUAAAUGAUGUGCAGGUGGAACAAUUGUUGGAAGUCUUGAAGGAGCAUAGGCAAGCCAUUGGAUGGACAAUUGCGGACAUCCGAGCGAUUCCCGCGGGAAUUUGUGAACACAAGAUACAAUUGGAGAGUGACACGAAGCCAAGUGUGGAACAUUAA